CUCUCCCUUCCUUUCUUCCUUCCUUCCUUCCUUCUUUCCUUCCGUAGCGGCCUCUCCACGCCCUCGCUCUCAGGAUGGCCGCGGUGGCUGGGAUCUACGGCCUCGGGGACGAAAACAGCAGAAGGCAUGUUCCUUCUAACAUGUCGUCACUACCCAAGAUAACUAGUCAAGAUGAUGACGGCCCUAACAAUCAGACGCCCUACACUGGAGCCGGGAAUUUCGAACCAAUACCCCACGACCACGACUUCUGUGAGAGAGUCGUUAUAAACGUCAGCGGUCUCCGGUUCGAGACGCAACUCCGAACGCUCCACCAGUUUCCGGAGACGCUGUUGGGGGAUCCCUCUCGGAGAAUAAGAUACUUCGAUCCUCUUCGAAAUGAGUACUUUUUCGACCGUAACCGGCCCAGUUUCGACGCCAUCCUUUAUUACUACCAGAGCGGCGGGAGACUUAGACGACCCGUCAAUGUGCCUCUUGAUGUAUUUGCGGAGGAGAUCAAAUUCUACGAGCUCGGCGAGGUGGCCAUCAACAAAUUCAGGGAGGAUGAGGGCUUCAUCAAGGAGGAGGAGCGUCCACUUCCGGACAACGAGUUCCAGCGGAAGGUGUGGCUUCUCUUUGAAUACCCGGAGAGCUCGCAGAACGCCCGCGUUGUGGCAAUUAUUUCCGUCUUUGUUAUUCUCCUGUCCAUUGUGAUCUUUUGCCUUGAGACGCUACCGGAAUUCAAGCAUUAUAAGGUGUUCAAUACCACGAACAACGGUACAGUGGUCGAAGAGGACGAGGUUCCUGAGGUUACAGAUCCUUUCUUCCUGAUAGAAACCAUUUGUAUCAUUUGGUUUUCAUUUGAACUACUAGUGAGAUUUUUCGCGUCGCCGCUUAAAGGAGCAUUUAUGAAAGACAUCAUGAACAUUAUCGAUAUUGUAGCUAUCAUUCCUUACUUUAUUACGUUGGCUACCGUUGUCGCUGAGGAGGAGACCGAGGAAUACGUGAUCCCGGCAGAGAGCUUGUCGCCACACGAGAAGGGGUCAAACCAGGCCAUGUCCUUAGCCAUCCUUCGUGUCAUUCGACUGGUUCGAGUCUUCAGAAUAUUCAAGCUUUCUCGACACUCCAAGGGCCUCCAGAUCCUUGGAAGAACGCUCAAGGCUUCGAUGAGAGAACUCGGCCUGCUCAUAUUCUUCCUGUUCAUCGGUGUGGUUCUCUUCUCAAGCGCUGUGUACUUCGCCGAGGCAGGUUCAGAAAAAUCUCACUUCAAGUCAAUUCCCGAUGCCUUCUGGUGGGCGGUCGUCACCAUGACAACUGUGGGCUAUGGAGACAUGACGUACGCCCGGCGCGGACAUCCGAACACCGUCAUCACAUGGGUCUCUAAACGUUGCAUUGGUGACAACUCGUUCGAACACUCCCGUGACUGCAACUACGAACACAGAUUUUCCCAGCCCAAAUACAGUAAUAACAGAGACCUCGUAGAAAUCAAAACGAAGUGCAUCCAACCUCAAACCGAGAAGUUAACUGGUCCAUUUGCUGUUAAUAACCUGUGCUUCCUUUCCCUUCACUCGAGGUGCCAG